UUGAAAAUUACUAAUUGUCUCCUUUAUUUUUCAAUAUGAAGCUUUUAUUUAAUGAAUGAGCCUAUAUAAACACAUUUUUUCCUCGUAUAAAUACACGAUAUGCCAUUAUUGCUAGUUAUUUUCUGUUUGGAUUCUUGUUUUAAAAUAUAAUCUUCAUUUGUGAAUAUGUUUCUAAUUAGCGUAUCAUUUUCUUCUACUUCCGAAUUAACCAUAUGUUGUCCUAUCUUGUAAAAUCCUGAGAAUAUAUAUUGAAGUUUUUCGUUGUAACGUGACAAAAAAUUUCGGCAAGUCACCUUGCCGAGGGAAAGAAUGAGAGGGAAAGAAUUUGCUUUCAACAGCAGAGGGCGCCAGAGCCACAGGAUUUCAGCGACCAGAAGAAGACUUCCCAUGAUGCAACUCGGCGCGCUAACUUCAAGGUAGAGAGACAUGUUUGUUUUCGGUUCAGCGUAGAAAUUUUUCACUUUGCUGUAGUGGUGUCUCAAACCUCUUUGUGUACAUACUGUUCGUGUCAUUCCUUCGAGCUAAAUGAGCCACAACCAAUUAGUCUAACUUUAUUUUCUUGUUUCUUUGUAGUAUUUUAGUUCCUGAAGCUGCCUUGGAAAGUUCGCAGCUGGAUUUAUUAAAUAGUCGAAGUCUAGUCUACAUUUAAAUAAAUAAAAAAAUAUCCUGUUGACGGGUCAAAGGAGGAUGAGUAGUCCAGGAGACCGCAGCGGCUGCUCCGUCAGUCCCGCUGACAUCUUUGAAGACGUUUGGAGGCAGCUAAAAGAAUGCCACCAGAACACAGUACAGGAAUAUGAGUCGAAAGUGAGCAAGCUGAAGAAAGACCGCUGUCUAGACGCUCAGAAGCUGGAGGUGUUUUAUAAUCGCAACCAGCAGCUCAAGGAACAAAACAAAAGCCUCCAGGACUCCAUCAGCCUGCUGGAAGACAGGCUCCGUGUUGCAGAGUGUGAUCGAUGUGCCUUCUUGGAGGAGAAGCUGAAAAGCAGCCAGGAUCAGAAUCUGGAUGUCAUCAAUAAACUAAAAAAUGAGAACAAAAACCUGGAAGAUGAAAACAGAAAUCUUCAAGCUGAGCUGCAGAAGAUGAAGAUGCGUCACAGAUGUUGUUUUUGCAUCAGUGCGGACCUUGAGGAGACAUUGGAGCAGGACGACGGCGUCAUCCCGGACUCGCCGAUCCUGACCAGCUCGCUGCCUGCGGCGAACAAACUGAGGAAACGUAAACACCCCGACAAGAGCAGACGUGUUCGUUAUGCCGAGACGCCGCUGCCACAGAAGAAUAACUCCCUCUUUAAUGAGUUGAAGAAAGAGGCUGAUGGAGGUGCAAAGAAUUCUGGGAGAGAAGUGCUCGUGCCAAACACUUGUGAACUGGACACAUCCCAGAGCUCAAAUGACAUGAAAGAAGAAACGGAGGACGUAGUUGCAGAAACGUGCGCUUUGGAGGUGCUGGGCUGUCGUCAUCUUAAAGCCGAGUUGACUCCUCGUCAUCAAGACGACACACGGAAUAUCUGGAAGCGCAACGCUCGUUUAAGGCCUUUCUCUUCAGCAGCACAGAUCCGAAAUCCAGACUCGACCACGGAGAAAUCGCCGUCUCUUCUUCCGAGCAUUAAACGCUUGUCGGAGGAAGGUUCCUUUUGCUGGGCCAAACGGAAGAACAGUGGCACUGAGCAGCAGGGAGAAGGCAGAGCGGGGAGUAAAGAGAAGGUGGAUAAUCAGAAGGAAGCUAAACCCUUACAACUUGAAACCACGAGGCAGACCGACACACUUGGCUUCAAAAUGGAGCAGCCGGGCAACCAGGGUCCAAACCAAAUGCUGAACAUCUCUUAUGCAAGUCCCACUUUCAAGAAGCCACUGAGUAAAGCUGGAGACGAACCAGAUGGAAGUAGGAGAGCGCCUCCGCAGGAUCGGAGUGCGUCACAGAAAUGCCUUCAAUCUAACAACGCCGGCAGGAAGGAAAUGGUGGAGUCCACGUGGAGCGUCGACCCCGCGCUCGCCUUGUCCAUGUUUGAGAGCGAGGAAGUGGAAGAAGAACAGCGACCCGGAGAGCUGGCAGACACCGACUGCACCUGGGUCAGCCACAGCAUGCUGCAGCGUCGAGCAGAGGACGGUCAGGACGGGGAACGCGUCAAGUCUGGACUCGGCGACAAGGCCAACGACAGUUUGGACAUGAUGUUUGAUGCAACAACUUUCGGGGAGUACAAGUCGUACACCUGCUCCAGCUUGGAUCAGAGUCGGCAUUGUGAUGAUGGCGAUGACGAUGCCGAGGAAGUUGAGAUUAUCGAUCAAGAUCUUCCUGAAACUCCUGCGUGCCACAGCGGAACCCGGCGGCCGACGUUUGCACACGUGGCCGUCGUUCGCAAGAAAGACGAGAGGAGAAAACUGAAGGGCACCACCUGCAAGGAAUGUGAAGUGUACUACGCUCAUCUGCCCGAGGAGGAGAAACAGAAGAAGUUGUCCGCUUGCUCCAGGCAUCGAUACCGCUACAUUCCACCCUGCACCCCUGAAAACUUCUGGGAAGUCGGAUUCCCGUCAACACAGACCUGCAUCGAAAGAGGUUACAUCAGGGAGGAGAAGAACCCUCAGGCUCGUUCACGAAGGCGACAGCCGUUUAAUGUUUUGUUCACCCCAAAGAAAAGCCAGAAGCAGAGCUGAAACCACUACAGAUGUUACCAGAGCUGGACGUUCCAGCUUUAUAUGCGACUGUAAAAACUUUAUGCUUCCUGUAGAACUGUAAGAUAAAACACAUGUGCUUACAUGUAUAGUUUUAUUCAGAUAAUCAGACAAGACAUAAAAAAUAAAAAUAAAAAAGUGAAAUGGGGGAAAAAAAAUCUCUUGAAGAAGUGCAGGUUUUUGUCUUUAUGGUGGAGAUUCUCUGUCUGCAUACAGCAGCAGGGCCUCUCCAACAUGGCUGCCAAUCACACUGUAAAAAAAAUAACAAAAUCCUAAAGCUUUUGUGUAAUUUCAUAAGGCAUAUUCUCUAGAAAUCAGAGUGAAAUUUUUACCAAAGUAGAGACGCAGAGUUAAAGUCCAUGUUGAAAACCAAAGGAGAGAGGAGCACGGCUGUGACCUGGGAGGAAACGGUACCAAAUAAAUGACCUCCUAUUAAUUUGAAAGCAGCUGCCGCCUGUCGGACAUGUUGUGACGUUUACCUUGGACACAAAAACCCAAGCCUUGAAGUGCUCGAGGGACGGCCCGCGUUUUAAUCUGACCGUGGCCAACAGCAACAAAAACCCCAACAACGCACUGCAGAGGCAGAAACGCAGAGUUGAAUUAAAACAUGUUUUUGUUUUGUUUCUAAAUAACAGUUUCACAUUUAUCUAACGUCAAGUCAUCAUUAGACGCCGCUAUCUGCAGUCACCUGGCGCAGCAGCCGCAGUGAAACGUGUGGGACUGGAGGGAGGGGAACUCCAAGGCACCGGUAAUGUCACCUGCAGGGAGACGAAGUCGUCCGAUGUAAACACGCACACGCCAAGCUUCGUCAAUUCAUACCGAAAGGUGUGCUAAAUCGCCACUUGAUCGGUCAUACCUGUUGGGUGAGCAGCAAGACCCAGCAGCAGCACGCUAGUUCAAACACAAGGACGGCUGUUGAAUAUUUGUAUGAAAGACAAACAAUCCUAAUAGAAGUGAUUAAAGCCUCCCUUGAAGACUCGGAGAUGUCCCGUUGAUUAGAAGUCUUCUGCUACUUACAGCCCUGCUUUGUGACUUUUGGUAUGUUUUAAAUGUCUCAAUAGAAUUGUACAAAAUCAACAAAAAAAAUAAAUUCCCAUGAACUCCGAUUUAA